UUUACUUUCACUUUUGUAUUUACUCACCCGCAGCUACAGUCAGUAUAAGGAUAUCCAACGAGAGGAGCUAACUGACUGAGCACGAGUGGAGCAAACUGAGUGAGCACGAGUGGAGCAAACUGACUGAGCACGAGUGGAGCAAACUGACUGAGGAGAAGUGGAGCAAACUGACUGAGCACAAGUGGAGCAAACUGACUGAGGAGAAGUGGAGCAAACUGACUGAGGAGAAGUGGAGCAAACCGAGUGAGUACUGACAGAGAAAGCACAAGAGGAGACUGACGGGAUUGCCAUGGAAAGUGAUAGAAACUGUGCAAAAUGGGUUUUAUAUAAAUUAUAUUGUUUUUUUCUGAAGAUUGCCCAGUACAUUCCAGAAGGCAUUAGGAAUAAGAUUCCUAUAGAAAACACAAGAAAAUUUGUAUUACAUAUAUUAGAUUUGAAUUGUAUGAAGGUCAUUCCAGAAGGCACCAGGAACAGCAUAAAGGAGUUCUUACAGAAUGGGUCAGAGGUGGAUGGCCAGCUCCAAUCUAUAUCCCAUAAUGUAGGACCCUCAGUCACCCACAGAAACAAACAGAAAAGAACACCGGUUAUUGGCAUCUUCUCCAGGGAAUCUGAGGGGUCGUACAGGUGGCUCACUGACCAUCUCACAACGGAGUUUCAUAUCAAAACUUUCUACAUAUCAAACAGAGGAGAAUGGAAGCAAAGAGAAGAUUUCUAUGAGUGUACAUAUGCCAUCCUCUAUCACUCAAAGAAUAGAGGGCGGGUGAACAUCACUGAUGUCACAGACUCAUUGUACAACGAAGAACUACAGUUCCUAUCCGCAGUGCUAGGAAAGAAGAACUUGAUUGUGGUCACUGAUGACUUGGCAGAUGCUGGACCUGAGGCAAAGAGAACGAUACUGCGUAACCAGCCGAGCAUAAAGAACCUGGCUGCUGAACUGUUCCUGUUUAGUGUAGAGGAGAAACAGUCACUGUAUAAUGGGCCAAUCACAAAGAAAUUAGCGGACAUGAAAUUAAUAUUUUAUGGUAAAUUCAGCUGAAUGCAGUCGAGCAUGACCGUCUUUUUUUCCACAGUUGGGAAAAGUGUCCCUCUGUAGCUUGUUAUGCCAUGUAAGAUAUAGGGGACCAUUAAAACUUCCUUCAUCUAUUCCACUCAACUAUGCCUGUGAUUAAGUGUUGGGUAAGCUUGAAAUGCGUUAGGCUAUCCAUAUGGGGUUGUUAAUGCUUUUAAUGGACUGAAAUAAAUACAAUAUUUAGUGCUGA